CGCCGGUGUCAUUUCAGUUUACAGUUAGCGCUCGACUCGAGAGGGUUGAAUUUCAGAACAGAGAUUGUCUCUUUUUCAAAAUGAACAUAUUUUGCUUGGUGGGAAUCAUACUACUUUCAGUAGUAUGUAGAGCCGAUCAGGAUUCCUUUAAUAUUGACGUGAAGCAGCCGCAUGCGCAGAUGUAUCACCAACAAAGCGCCCGGGAUGGCCAGUUCAAUUAUGGGUACCACAUAAACACCGAUAGCAAUCAAUUUCAGCACAAAGUGAAAGGACCCGAUGAUGUAACAUACGGCUGCUAUGGGUAUGUGGAUCCAACAAACCGAAAGCAUUUGGUUUAUUACGUUGCAGACAGAAUGGGUUAUCGGAUAAUAUUCCCAAAUCGUCCGACAAAAAUUUUCGUCGAUCGAGUUACCGAUAGCUUAAACAAACUAGAUGGAUCUUUGAAAAGUAAACAAUACGAUGAAAAGGUGGUAGCUUGGAACGAUUUGUAUCUACCCGACUCGUGUUACCGUCUUGGGGACAUACUGUCUCAAUCGGCCUCAGCUGUGCAUCCACAGAUAGUGAAACCGCAAAGUGUUGCAUCGACAACGCCUGUCGCAGGUCCAGUUUAUGUGCGACCCGAGCUUCCAAGACCUACACAAUACAACAUUCCAACCGUUCCGCCCUACACAUCUAGCCAGACGGGGUACGAACAAUCCGAAGGAAGAUAUACCGGUGCGACACACCAAACUAGCUCACAUGUAACCUAUAGUCAAGGACAACAAAAUAUUAAUGAGCUCGAUGUACAAGACAACCGAUUUAAAGAUGAUGAUCAGGACCAACAAACGGUGCAGCCUUGGGCAGGUUCGAUUCCUGAUAUUAACCCAGCCCAAAUAGAUCUUCCUCAGUUCGACAUUCGCAUCGGUGAAAAACAGGAUGCUGUGGCUUCGAUCGGAUCUGAACAGUUCAACUUUCCACAAUACAGCCUGAACAUCUCCCAGUUAUUAACUCAAAUCGAGGCGGCCAAUGCACAGUACGUUACACUGAACAAGCUGCUAACGGGAAUAGCUAACAAUCCUGCGGCUUACAGUAACGUACACGAAGGCAGCUGCCAAGGGGUACUUCAGUUGCUUCGCAGUCAGAAGCGGACACCGCAACUCGUCUAUGUUCCAAUUUUGAUUCCUUAUGUCGAGGGUCAGCACAAUAUAAAUUUACCGCUUGGUGCUAAUCGAUAUCAGCAACAGGCUAUUCCAUCGCAGUGACGCGAAUAAGCAUAAAUUCAAUGAUCAAUUAAAGUGGCAUAGUGGCAAAAUGUUA